AAAAAAUUAAAAUUGUAACAUGCAUUACCAAAUAUUGACCCGAUGAGUAGAGCUUAAACAAUGUGCUCUCUGUUUUGGCGCUUCUUCAUUUUCUGGGUUAAAUUGUAAAAUGGCGAUGUGAAACAAAUUGUCAUUUCCAAAGGCAAAUCAAGGCUGGUUAAUUUGGUGGUGCUGAACUUUUCCUUUUGGGAAGGUACGAAGGUGGUUAAUGUGAAAGGGUUUCUCUUAUUCUUUCUGUUCAGCUUGUUGUUCUUCUUUAUCAUUAUCUUCUUUUCACCUCAAGUCUCUCUUUGUAGUCUGAAGGGGAGGCGUGGAAAUGAGGUUAGCUUAGACCGUACGGUAAAGUCUCAUUCUUGUCAGGUAAACAUUUCAUUUUUACCGUUGAAGCGAACUUGUAACGAACAUUUGAUUCACUUUAACCUUCUUCGAACCAUUCAGUAGUUAAACUAAAUCUGGAUUAACAAAUUAAGAUGAUUUCAACUUUACCAUCACACAAAGAUUAACUUCAACCUUAAAUUGUUCAACAUUACAUUUUCUUUGAUCACAGUUUUAUUCACUAAUGGACCUUACCAAUCAUGUGAAAUCUCCUCCAAUUGUUCCUAAACUUUCUUAAUAUUUCCAACCGUAUUUAUCCUCUAAUCAUGAAGUUAAUUCAUCGGUGAUUCUUGUGAUUUCAAUAUUUACUUCAAUUUUGUUUCUGUGUUUGUGUUUAAGCAUUUAUUUUUGCACAACAACAGCCAUCACUAUUGUCAGUUUUCAAAUAUGAAAUGGACUUGGGUUAAAUGGUUUCUAUUUGCUUACAAAUUAGCUGAACACUUGAUCAUUUGCUGGCCAUUACCAUCUUUACCAAUUCACCAUGUUCACCCUUAUCCAAUCUCAUGGCCAGCUUCAUCAGAAACUCAUCCUCACCCUGCUCACCAUCCUCAUCCAUUUAGUCGUAUGUCACCAAUAGCUGCAGUAGCUGCUGAUCCUCGUCAUCAUCAUUCUGAUCCUGUUCCAGAACCAUUGCCUUCUGGUUUGUUCAUUCCAGCUGAUCAGGUUCACAUCUAUGACUUUGUCAACAACUAUGCCGAUGAUGGUUAUUAUGAUUAUGAUGAUGAAGACUCGUUCCAGGAAAAGGUGAGGAAAUGGCGGGAGAACCAGCGAUCAAGAGGAUAUAAUCAUCAUGAUCACAAGUACAAUAAUGAAAAUACUAAUGCUUGGUUAAAUAGCAAGAAGCCUUCAACAUCAAAUAAAGAUGGUAAACAAUUGGAAGGUUCAUCAAGUGGAUUGGAUAAUGUUGCCAAAAAUCCUGAUCCAUUACCAUCUAAAAACAACAACAAUAAUAACAAUAAUCAUAACAAUGACAAACCAGUUGAAUUUGAUGAUGAUAAUGUAAACAAUCGUUCCUCAAAAGAUGGCCCUUCAAAUGAACGUAAAGAGUUGACUUCUGGUGAAGCCAAAGAUAUCGAGACACUUUUGGAAAAAUCAGAGAUAAUUACUGGUCGAUCAGCAUUUUCAUCUUCAACUUCUUCAUCAAACUCACCCAACACAUUAUCUGCACCAAAAACACUACCAGUUGAAGUGUCUCGUCACACAAUUACAUCGCCCAACGGUGAUAUGACAGUGGUUACCGAGAUGGUCUACAAGAAUCCAUACAAACCAACACCAUUACCUUCCUACUCUCAUUCACCUUACCUACCAUCAAGUCGCGAUGGCUUAUACCAGCCAACAGACGAUCCAAGAUUACUUCACCAUCAACCCCAUCCUCCUCCACCACCUCCUCCACCUCCACCGCCACCACCAUCGCCUUCAUUAGAAAACUUUGGUCUGGGUCGAUCAAUUGGACCAGGAACAACUACUUAUAUUCCGCCACCACCAAGGUCUUCAAGGAAUCGUGAUUUAGCAACAACUCCUUGGACCAAUGGACUUGGAAGAGUUUUACCGACUCCACCAACUCCUUAUAUUAGCUCAACAUCUCCAAGUCGUUCAUCAUCUUCAUCAUCAUCUUCAUCUAGUAAAUCAAAUAACAUAGCGGCCAGUUCAUCAAAUAAAAGGCUUAAUAAACAACUUGAUUCAAAUAUAACAAAAAGAAAUGAAAUUUCUGAAAGAAGUUUAAGUGCUACCGCAAUUGCUGGAAUAAUUAUCGGUUCGCUAGUAUUUGUGGCUUUACUCGCAGGAGUUGCCUUGUUCAUUAUGUAUCGAAGACCAACCUUACCAGGAACAACGAGACUGCCACAACGAUCAACGGAGUGGGUUGAACCUCAGGUUAAUUUAAGUAAUAACAAUGUUGGUAACGGUGGAUCAACAGGAGUCAACACUUGUCCACCAAGUGAACCUCUUCCGGUAACAUCAAGUCACUUUACUCGGACUCAGCGACCCAUUAACAAGAGUACGGUUUCUACCACACUGAAUAGAUCCAUCGAUGGCCUCCUCGUUGUCGGUGAUUGGACUCUGGUCAGUCCUGGAAGUAAUUAUGCAACUUUGACCAAAAAAGGGUUAUCCUCUGGAUCUUGAGUAGUCAUUCAAAAAUAAAGCA